AUGGUGUCGCGAAAGCGUGCCCACUCCGAAGUGGAGGCUGAGUCCGAGCAGCAACCCAAGGAGCCAGGCUUGCUCGCGCGCCUGCGGAACUGCUGGGAGUUUGCCAAUCUCAUGCAGUAUAUCUACAUUUUCGGAAAGGUCGUCAAGAUCGAUGAAGAGUUCGGUAUCGAGGAUCUCGAGACCGAAUGCCUCAAACCCGGCCCUUCGGAGAAGCUUCUCGACAUCGGGCUGUCGCUGCUCAAGUUCGUUUCGUCGCAUCGUGGACUCACGCGCGACAAUUUUGACGAAUAUACCCGGCGUCAGUACAACGCGAAGGCGCCUCAUCUGAAAAACCCUUUCGGAUAUGAAGAAGAGCCAAAGAAGUUCAAUGAUUUCGAUGUCUUCCUGAAGCUGCGUGUCCUACAUCAGCUGUCCGUGUGGACGUUCUGGAACCCAGAUCGCAUCCGGGAAAAGAUGCCGGAGCAGAGAGAGACUGAACAGACACAAUGGCGUAUAGAAGAACUAGGAUACGAUCGUGAAGACCGUCUAUACUACGUUCUAGACGAUAAUCGUCUGUACCGUCGUACCGACCCUCCUAUCCCAGCACCUAAAACGGCCAAGCCCAAGGCAAAUACCAGAAAGGCGAGAGCUGCUGCCAGGGCUGCCAAACGGAGGAGAGUCUCCGAAGAGAAUGAGGAAGAAAAGGACGAUGCCGAUGAAAACCAGGCGGAAGACACGUCCGGCGGUCUGAAAUGGGAAUGCAUUGCUGUUACUCUCGCUGAAUAUCAGGCGUUUGUCGAUACAAUUCGGAAGACAAAAGAUCCCAAUGAGCAGAUUCUCAGAGAUAGACUGCUGGAGGACGUCUUUCCGGUACUCGAAAAGAUCGAAGAGUCGCAGCAGCGGAAGAUUGCCAAACGCGAGAAAGAGCUCUUCAACAUGCAGUUGCUUGCUGGAGCGAAGCGGUCAGGCCGUCUGGCCGAGAAGCAGGAGCGAGAGCAGCGCGAGAGAGAAGAGGCAGAGGCUGCACGGAAGCGUGAAGCGGAAUUAGCUGCCGCUCGCAAGGCGCAGGAACAACAGAAGAAGAUGGAAGAAGAGAGACGGUCACGUAUGAUGACGCGGGAGCAACGCAUCAGGGACCGGGAGCAGAAGCGGAUCCUUCACGAAGAGGAGCUCAGGAAGAUGGCGGAGGAGCAAAAGAAGAUUGAAAACGGCGAGGGCAGAGUGUCUGAGAGACAUCUCAAAGCGGAGAUGGAAAAGCGCAAGAAGAGUCUGGAGGAGCUCGCGCAGGAAGAUCAAUGGGUCUUUGACUGUUCCGGCUGCGGUGUCCAUGGCAAGAACUUGGAUGAUGGCUCUCACAGUGUCGCAUGCGAGAGGUGCAAUGUCUGGCAGCACAGCAAGUGCCUAGGGAUCCCUCAGGCAGAAGCGGAGAAGGAGGACUUCCACUUCGUGUGUGAGGAUUGCAAGCGCCACGAGGAAGAAGCGAAACGUCCGAAGCUUCCGCCUCUCAAAUUUCGCGUUGGAGGUUCUUCUUCACCGCCGCAGUCCACCGACGCUGUCAAUGGGGAGAAGCCGACGAGCGUGGACGGCGAUGCCUCUCCUACACCGAACAAGCUCAAACAUGUCUCCGUCCCUCGCCCAUCCGAAGAAGUUGGCCACGGUGCAUCUGCACAGGCUCAGAAUACCGACAACAAGCCAAUAGUUGAGCAAUUGCCUCCGCAGCAGCUUUUCAGACAGACAGAUGGCGCUCAAGAAUCGGUCCAAACCGCUCCCGCUCCUUCCUCACCUGAACGACGUUCGCUGUCUUUUAUGAAUGGAAGUUUCGGCUCGGAUGGUCAUCUUCGACCUCCUUUCUCCCCGUCAAAGAAUCUCAACGGCACUGGAAUGUCACCGGUGAAUCAUCUACCUAAAUUUACUCUUGGCCACCCUCCUCCACACCCUGUCCAGCAGGCAAACUACACUGCGCCGCCUACUCCACAUGCUCAUUUGAACAGAGGCUCAUUCAACUCUCCUCGGCCCUCUUCCUCUCACUCCACUCAGAGCCACUCCUUCCCCUCACCAAUUCAGAACCGGCCACCUAUGUCUCCGACUCAGGGAAAUCGCGAUGUUGGUCCUCUUGCGGGUUUUCCGUCUCCUGCGCAUCCAAACAUGGCAGUCUCUUCUACGCCUUUCGGACAACAGCAGACACCGCGUCCAAGCAGUGCUAGCUUUGUCGCGUCUUCUUCAGGCCAUAGCCGUCCUCCAUCAUUCUCCGCCGCCACACCUACUGCUGGAAAUUCUUUCUCUCACACGCCACCACCUCCUCAAGGCGCCCAGGGCAUUCAUUUGUCCGGUCUCAGCCCUACGAAGCAUUCUCCGCGGCCGAUGACAUCUGGCGGCAUGGGGGCUGCAUCUGUUUUGCCUCCGAUUCAACGACUUGAACCAAGCCCUAAGCUGAUGGGCCGGAGCUCCGCUGAUGCACCAAUUCCUCCGCCAGUGAAGUGUAUGACACCGGAGCAGGAAGAAAGGCGACAGAGAGAGAAUGAGAUGAUGGCACAGGCGCAGGCGCCUAGUGGCCAGCAAACGGGAAACCCUAACCGUCAAUAA